UCCCGUGCGGUGUCAUUCCUGAACACGCAGUCAGGUGUCGCGUGUCUUUUGCGUUACCGGCGACGUCCAUGAUUUUCCCACGUCCACGUAGCGUUGGUUUUUUUAUCUCCCAUUUUAUCACCGGGAGAGCUGAGCUGCUGGAUGAAAUGUUUUGAGAGAAAACUGACGUCGUGUAGGCGUGGUGUGUGCCAGCGUGCAGAGAGAAGCCCACCGCAGAACCGUUAAUCCAGUCCGGACACCACGUUUUAGUGGAAUUUAGCCUACAUUUGGCCAAACUUUACCAUCCGCUGCUAUUUAUAAAGGGAUUCAUUCAUAGCAGACUAUUUGAGAGGAUAAGUUUGUAACUCGCCUGCUCGAUGGAAAAAAGAGAACGCCCAGCACAGCAUCUCAAAUCGAGGUGAGAGUGCGCUUUAUAAACCGACGCCGAGGCACCGCUGCCAUAGUGAAUGAGAACCAGCAACGUUUAACCAGACCGACAAGAAUACCUCUCACUUGAUGACUGACACCAUUUAAGACAGACGGGGAUCUUCAGCCAGUGAUGUAGACAAGGAUGAUGAAGUUACAUAGGGAAGGCUGUGUGGGGAGGAAGAGCAUCGCCUGAUUCUCCUCCACUUCCUCAUCCCCUCUGAGUCGUGUCCUCUGAUUGGGUGGGCGGAGCACAAUGUCAUCGACCACACCCACCUCAGCCCCGCCUUCCAAGAAGACGCGUGGGAAGGAGAGGACUGAGGUCAUGGGCGACUUGCCGCAGACAGCCAAUGAGGAGCUGAGGAGCAAGCUGAUGGAUUUCCAGAUAGAACUGCAGCAGGAGAAGGGCAAGGUCUCUAAGCUGAGAGAGCGUCUCCAGGAGCAGAGGCAAGCCAGGGAGCUGGAACAACACAAACACACAGUGGUCCUCACCGACCUCCGCGCCAAACUGCACGAGGAGAAGCUCCGCGAGCUGGCUUCCGCUCGCGAGUCGUUGGCACGGCAACACGAGUUGGAGCUAUCACGUACCAUUAAGAUCCGCGACGGGGAGGUGCAGCGGCUCCAGGGGCUGGUCCAUGCGCUAAGGGACGGGGCGGCUGACAAGCUGAAGAGCGCCCUGCUAGGAGAGGCCCGGGAGGAGGCCAGGAGGGCCUUCGAUGGGGAGAGACUCAAACUGCAGCAGGAGGUCAUGAAGCAGGAGACGGCACGGAAGCAGGUUGAGGAGGCUCUGGCUAACGCACUGCAGGCAGACAAGGCCAAAGCAGCCGACCUCCGAACAGCCUACCAGCAGCACCAGGAUGAGAUCAACCGCAUCAAGAGAGACUGCGAGAGAGACAUCCGAAGGGUGAUGGAUGAGCUGAAGGGGAAGGACCGCGUGGUGUCUGCGUUGGAGAGGGAGCUGGGGUUGCAGGCAGGUUAUGCUCAGAAGCUCCAGCUGCAGAAGGAGGCUCUGGACGAGCAGCUGGGCCAAGUCAGGGAGGCAGAGAGGCACCACGGCAGUCCCAAGAGAGAGGUGGUCCCUACCCUGGGGGAAACCCAGGACUAUGUCAACACCCAGGAGGUGGAAGAUCUUCGAGAUGCGAGGAGGUUCCAGCUGAAGAUAGCUGAGCUCCACUCUGUUACCAGGAAGCUGGAGGACAGGAACGCACUGCUGGCAGAUGAGAGGAACGAACUGUUGAAGAGGGUGCGUGAGGCAGAGAGUCAGAUGAAGCCCCUGUUAGAUAAGUAUAAGAGGAUGUCGAAGAAGAAUGAUGACCUCCUGCAGACUUUGCAGCGCAUGGAGGAGAAACUCAAGAACCUCAGCAGAGAGAACGCAGAGAUGAAGGAGAAGGUGCACUCUCGUUCCCAGCAGCCCCAGCAGCUGAAGAGGCCUACCUCCCUGACAGACCUAAGCCACGCCCACGAGGAACAGGAAGUGGAGUUCCUCAAGCUGCAGGUUGCCGAGCAACGAGGCAUCAUCGACGAACUCACGCAGGAACGUGACAGACUGAUGCUCUGCAAAAAUAACCGAAGAAAAACCCUCAAACUACCACCUAAAAGGCAUGUUGUGGAGACGUAUUUUGGAUUUGACGAGGAGUCUGUGGACUCUGAAACGUCCUCUCUGACCUCUUACAUCACUGACCUCACGGACCGUACCCCCGCUACACCCGAGGAGGACCUGGAAGACGGUGUAUCUCGUGAAGAGGCAGAACUGAGGUUCAGACAGCUGACCAGAGAGUACCAGGCUCUCCAGCGGGCCUACGCCCUCCUGCAGGAACAGGCUGGGGGGUCGCACGACGCUGAGAGAGAAGCCAGGAACCGUGAGCAGUUGCAGGCAGAUCUAAUAGGCUGCAAGGCAAAGAUUGGCGACCUGGAGAAGGCAUUAGCCGAGAGGGGGCAGGACUCUAAGUGGGUGGAGGAGAAGCAGUACCUCAUCAGGGCCAAUCAGGAACUCCACGACAAGAUGAGUGUGUUACAGCAGGCUGAGUCGAAGCUGCAGGCAGAGGUGCAGGACUCGAGGGACCAGAAUGAGCUGCUGGAAUUCAGAGUGCUAGAGCUGGAAGAGAGGGAACGCAGGUCUCCUGCCAUGGGCUUCCACAUGACCACCUUCCCAGAGAACACCAACAGCGCUCUGCAGAUAUACUGUCAUCAGGAGGGCAUCAAGGAUGUGGUUAUUCCAGAUCUGAUGAAGAAGCUGGAUAUCCUGGGAGAUAAUGGGAACUUGCGUAACGAGGAGCAGGUUGUCGUCAUUCAGGCGAGGACGGUUCUCUCAAUGUGUGAGAAGUGGUUAAAGCAGAUAGACAGCACAGAGGCAGCCCUGACCCAGAAGAUGAUUGACCUGGAGAAUGAGAAGGACCUGUUCAGUAAGCAGAAGGGCUUCCUGGAGGAGGAGCUGGACUACAGGAAGCAGGCCCUGGAUCAGGCCUACAUGAGGAUCGCGGAGCUGGAGGCUACGCUGUAUAACGCUCUGCAGCAGGAGCCCGGGGGGCGUGCGGUGGCAGAGUCUCUGUCCGACAGGCAGAGGGAGGAGCUGGGGCUAGCCGUGGACAAACUGCGGAGGCAGAUACUCAGGCAGAGCCGCCAGUAUGACAGUCAGAUCUUACAGGAGCGCAUGGAGCUCCUACAGCAGGCCCAGCAGAGAAUAAGGCAGUUGGAAGACAUGAUUGAGAUGCAAAAGAGACAAGUAAAGGAAAUAGAAGAAAAGUUUUUGUUCCUCUUCUUGUUUUUCUCUCUAGCUUUUAUUCUUUGGCCUUAAUGACACUGACAUGGACCGACAACAGGUGCUAAGGCGCUCAGGUGGAGAGUGAGGAAGAGAAACACAACAUAUUUUUUUUUUUUUUUUCAUGCAUUUAUAGAUGGUUCACAAACCUUAUGGCCUUUUUGAUACACGUGCACUUUUGUGGAAAACACUUACCUGGAAUGCAAAACAAAACCAUGACUUUGAAAAGUGAACAAAUAUCAGAGACAUGUAAAAGAGGUAUAUCAGAGAUUUUUUUUUUAAUAACGGAAAUGUCCCCUACCAUUUUUGGAAGUGGAACAUUUAGCCAAACUCUAAUGUGAGUUCUAAAAAGCAAGAACAUUGUAACUGGAACUCUGAAGCAGGUCAAUAAAGGAACAGAGAAACUGAGAUGGAGACAGUGCCUCAGAUGGAUUUAGAGCCAGACAACGAAAGAGUGCAAUCGUAGAGGAGGAAGGAGAAAGAGUUGAUUCAAAAAAGCAGGACGAUUUCCAAACAGACGAGCCAAGUCCUGGGCAUUCCCAGAAAGCUCAGUGCAGGAGGGUCUCCAUGGAAACAGCUGGCGAAACGGCUGUCAUGGCCAAAGUUCAAUGAGCAAGAAGUGAAAGCUCUGUACUCCGGAGUAGAGCGAUACCAGAGGACUAUGGGGACAGAAUGUGUCACCGGUCUGUGAAACACAAAGAAUCCUCAAUUGCUGUGUUGUGCAGUUCUGUGCAGCUGGCACCCCAGACCUCCAGGUUUUGACCCAUAGAGUGAACCUUCUAGAGCACAGCCUGAGAGACAACGUCAGCUCCUUUACUGAGUCUGAGAGCUUGCUGCACAACAGAGAGUUGGAGGUGCCAGAGCAGAGCCUGCUACAGAAGGUGGAGGACCUCACAGCACACUCAGUCCUCCACUGUCCCAGCAUGCAGCGACGCCAGAGGCUGGACGAGCGGCUCCACGCACUCAGGGAGGAGGUGCGCUUCAUGGUGAGUAGAGACUGUACUGAGCUUUACAUUAGCUUCAAUGAGGCUUAUAGAGUGAGAAGUACUCAAAUGUACAUGUCCUGUAAGCUGUACUGUAAAUUGUAGUAUAAGCCUGUAAUUAUUGUGUAAGUGUAAUUAUUGUGUAAGUGUAUUGUGAGUGUGGUUUAAAUCUAUCAUUUCUCAGGUGUAGUGCUCUUGUGACUGUAGUCUCCCUCUCUGUUGCAUUAUAUGAGAUGUGUAUGACAUUACUCAGAUGUGAGGAGUAACUGUGUCAUAGUUCUAUCAUGACCGGUCCUUCCCAGUACCAGGAGAAGGAGCAUAGGAAUCGUGUGUGUGGAGGGAGAGGCUACAGUGCUGCCAGGCCCAGCUCCGGGCUAAAGAGGAGGAGAUGGGUUGCCAGCCUCAGUACUUUGAGCACUUUAAGAGCCAGCUGCAGCUCAAGUUCGGCCUGGCCAGAGACGAGGAGCAGGGCCUGCAGACCAGAGUCCACCAGCUGGAGAGACAUGUUCUGGAGAUGUUUGUAUCUUCAUCCACCAACAUAGCCACUGUAAACGCAGCUAGCGUCAACUACCCUGUCAUGGUGCCAACGGUACACAGAGUCCCAAAGACUGGCCCACCCAAGGGAGGAAAGAGAGGAGGAGGAUGGGGAGGGUGAGGAGGAAAAUACACAGUGGAGACGCUACGGACAGCACCUCCAGCAGAAGCAGGGAGAGGAUGAAAUAGAAAUAGAGGAAGAAAGAGAGGGGGGAGAGAGAGAGAGAGAGAGCGUGAGGGAGAGGGGGGUGAGGACAGACGGAGAGGCUUCAUCCUCAGCCUCCAGGAGGACCUCAGGGGGCUGUUGGAGAAUGAGGAGCAGGGGCUGGAGGAGCAGAGGGGGCUGUUGGAACAGCUGCAGGAUGCGCAGCAGAAUGGCCACUUCCUGUCGUGUAAGGUGGAGGAAAUGAGGACGGUGGUCCACAGGCUCAAGCUGAAUGAGAGCUCCAUGAUGGAGGAGGUGGAGGAACUGCAAGAGGAGAACCAGAGACUGUAAGAGGCUCAGCCACACCCUGAGACAGAUCAACCACAGCCCGGACUCUACUGACCCCCGUCUCUACCCCCAGCCCUAGCUCUGGUGCCAGCCCAGGGACUCCAGCCCCAGCCUGGCUACCGCCCUGCCAAACACCCCUGCCAUGGCUCAACCAGUCCCCUGCCACAUGGACAACACUGACCCGGUGAGUGAUGACAUUGAAGCUAAUGUGGAGUUGACUCUUAAUCAGUAGUAGAUCUUAAGUCUAAAUUGUUGAAGAGUUCGGCCUCAAGAAUGUAAAUGAGUACAAUUACAAGCAAAUUGUACAAUGGAUUAUAAUGUGGGAUUGUCAUGGGUUUAGCUGCACAGUGGAAUGUUGAUCUGAUUAACUACAGAGGAACUAAAGAGUGUGGCUGGCUUGUGUGUUUGAGACUGGGAGCCUAGGGGACUGGUGUCUUGGUCCUAGGGGCUUCCCCUCUCUCAACCUGAGAGAGGAGACUGAAGCACUGAGAGAGGCUUACUGGAGCAUGGGGGCGACGUGGACUCACUCCGGGACCACAGCUGGAGAGCACGCUCUGACACACACAGGACCAGCUGCACAGGGUGACCGAGGAGAACGCCCGUCUGAAAUGUAAACUCAGGGAGAAAUGGGGGGCCUGUGAGGCGGAGUGGGGGUGCUAGCUAGGAGGGAAAAGCAUGACAGGAAAUGCCCAGGAAAACAGGGUGCCAAUUCAUAACCUAAUUCCCCAGGUUAGCAGAAAGCUUACCACAACUCCAACCCAGAAUAAUACUACCCUAGUCUUAGCCGAUAAUGACCUAACCCUGUAUGCCUUAGCCCUGGAUGACCUAGCUCUAGCUUUGAACCAGGAGAACCAAGGCAUAGGGCAGGCGUAUCAAGGAGCUCCUGCACCACAUAGAGAGCCGGGAUAGUAAGGUUAGUGAGAGGAAGCUAGAGAGGGAGAGCUGGAGCAGGAGAACCAGGAGCAGGGAGGUCUUAUAACCGAGCUAACCAGGAAGACCAAGGAGGACCUCAACACUAUCAUGGAGCUGCAGCAGAGACUGACUGAGAGCGGUCAGCUUGGUCUACAACAGGGUGACCAUGGUUUGACCACUGAGUCAGAGUGUGGUCAAAAGGGUGAGCAUGCGGUCGGGUCAGUGUUCGCUCAACAGGGUCAACCCCCGGUAGGGUUCGUGACCAGUCUACAAGGUGAUCACACGCCAGGGUCGGUGAAUAGUGGUGAACUACAGGUUGACCACACGACCGAGUCAGUUAGGGAUCAAAAGGACAGCCAUUUGACCACAGAGUUAGUAUCCAUGCUGAGAGAGGAGAGGGGCGAGCUAAUUGGGUCUCAGUGAUCUCAAAGGGGAAAGGGAACAGGUUUCCCCUCUCACUCAGGUGUCAGACAGGGAAACACCAGCUAACGCGCUCCGUGUGGGUCCUGGAAGAAGAACGCGACCGGGUCAAUCAGGAACUCUGCGGUUUAAAAGAAGAGCAAGUACAGUUUACCAGGUCUGAAAGAUAAGAGACAAGGUGGUAUGGUCAAUGUGUGGUUUAAAAGAGGAGAGUGACCAGCUAGUUCCGUCAAGGUCUGGACUCCAGGAGGAGAGAGACCAGCUAGUUCAGUCAAUGUCUGUUUUCUACAAGGAGAGAGAACAGCUAGUUCAGUCCAAUGUCUGGUUUCCAGGAGGAGAGAGAUGAGCUCUCGCAGUCUCUCUUCAGUCAAGAAGAUGAGAGACCAACCUAACGAGUCACUCCACAAUCUAGAAGAGGAGCGAGACCAGUUGAUGCAAUCCAUGUGGGGUUUAAAGGGACAGAGAGACUAGCUAACACAGACACUCAGCCUUCUGGAGCAGAAGAGAGACAAACUGCCUUCAAACAGAAGACAGAGACCCGGUCAACCCGUUUAAAGAAGAGCGAGAGCAGUUGGUUCAGUUAAUGGUUGUUCUGUGCGAACAAAGAGAGCAUCUCACAACGGAGAGAGAGACCAGUUGCAGAUGGACGUUGCUCCUUUACGGAAUCAGCUACUGUCACAGGGGCGGAGUCACGACCAGCGGGUACUCUGAGAACCACGUUGGCGUGGCAACACACAUAGAGGGUGUGGCUACAGAGAGCGGGGUCACUGCGCCAAAAUACGGACGAUGACGUCGUUCAGAGAAGUCUGGCCACGGUCUACUCCUACAAGACCAUCCGCCUGGGGCAGUCUGCACAGGGAACACUUGGAAGAGGUGACAGUGGAACAGAGUGAACUGAUGGAGGAGAUCAAGUCGUUGGGGUCAGAACACAGAAGGUCACGAGACGAACUGGAGAAGAACCAAUCGGAGGAUCUCCCUUCCAAGACCAGACACCAGGUUUACUCCAGUCCCCCACCAGGUCAGGGAAACUAUCCAGGUUACCCCAAACCUUGCUGCCCUCAACCGACCCAAGCAUACCCCCAUAACAGCUACCCCUUCUACUACUACUACUACUGCCCCCGCUCGGACUGUUAAAGCACGAAGUACCACUACCUCGUUGAAAACUGCCCCUCCAACAAUUACCCUUAAAACUACAGCCCUCACUAAAGCUGCCCCCUCCACCUCUGCUCUGCCACCCACUGAGAGGACGUGACUGCCUGAUGAGGACCAUUGUGUCAAGAAGCUCCUCUCCAACUGCCAACCUGAACAAGCUAAAGCAACCAAACCCAGAGCUAAGCCGGAACCUCCAGCUGAGGUGGGCUCUGUUGAGGUCAUCAGGAUGGUGGGACAGAGCAGCCUCAUGAUUGGCUGGAUGAGCUGGGCUGCAGCAACGGAACCUUUAUGUAUGGAUACUGCCUCUCACCUGGGAUACAGUAGAAUUGGCUCCACCCAACCAGUGAGUUCUACAGACAUGCAUGUGUACUUAAUGUUUUGUACACUCAGUUUACCACCCUGGUGAGAGCAGAGGUCGGACUAGCUGGCCAAUCAGAGGCUAGAAGCAGUGCAUGCACAAGGGUGAGGAUGCAUGCCUAUCACCCGAUUGGCCAGGGCCGCAGCCUGGUGACCUCUCACAUGAGUGGGGAUAAAAGGUGAGAAUGGGUUAGAACGGGUGAGACCAAGCAACAGGUAAUCAAGUUGCAAUGUCUGUGACGUCUAGGAGGAGUAAUUCUGUACAGCAACCCUACCCUGACCCAACCAUUUCAUCUUUCAAUGUUUUACUGCAGAUUUUCAGCCGCACUGUCCAGUUGAAACCUUACUCACCAGAUUCAGAAGCUCAUCCUAAGCUUCUGUAUUAAUAUGUGUGUGUGUGUGUGUUUGUGUUUGCUUGCUUGUGACCUGUGUGUUCUCUCUGUGUAUGCAUAUGUGCAUGAUUGGCGUGCAGCUACAGUCCUCUGGUGGACAGCCCUAACCUCCACCCUAGGAGAGCUGGCCCAGAGAGGGGGAGAUACUGUCACGUUGCUAGGCAACCCCCGCAACGACGGCUUCUGUGAGGCCGAGGUGAAUGGCAGACUAGGUCUGGCUCCUGUUGCCUUCCUAGAGGAAGUUCUUGAUCCAGACAGACAUGUAAGCCCCGAAGCAACAGAUGAUAGACCACUGUGACGGCCAAUCAGAGAGAGCGCAAGAUGAUAGGUCACUGUGACUGCCAAUCAGAGAGAGGACAAGAUGAUGAGCCACUGUGACUGCCAAUCAAAUGAUGCUUCCCUACAGAGAGAUUAUAGUGGCCAACAUUCAUGACGUCAUCAAACGCUGCCUGCCUGUGACAAAAACAUUCAUAAGUGCUCACAGCCUAAAGUCGUUUGAAAUGGAAAGCUACACUAAAGCACUAGCUGAAAUGUGGGUGUGUUUGUGUGUAUGGCCCAGUUUGACAUUGUGCUUCUCCAAACGGAUGCUUUUAACCUACAUCCUGCUCAUUGAGAUCGUGUCAAAUCACCUCUGUUCUUCAAAAUCCCACGCUUUUCUGUGUCUAAUCUCUCGUGGACAGACACACUUAACUGGUAUCCUAGUGUCUGUCAGCAGACUGUGGGAUGCGACGACUAACGAGGAACUUUGUUUCCGGUGCACAGAUUUUUCGUCGCUGAUUAUUUUGGACAAAUCACGAUUUUUCCGCCUUCCUUUUUCGGGAAGAGGAGGGGACAGUUGGACCAUGGACUUGCCUGUAAAUUGCAACUGGAGAGGAGUUAACGGCCUGCGGCCCCUCCGCGUUCUAGUGUUUUUCUAACACAUCUGCCCGCAGAACGUAAUCAAGCAUCUGACACAAUUACACAAGAUUUUAGUUUUGGGUUUCCGAGAUUAUUCUGUAUGUGACAAGUGUCAAAAACGAAGGUGGGCCUGAAUGAUGUGACAACUUGUCUAACAAUCUGUCCGAAAGCCUCUCUAACAUGUUGGUGAUAUCAAGUGAUAAUUUUUUACGUGAUGAUAAAACGAAGUCGUUUUCACAAGGCCAUUUUACUUGAUCUUUAGGCAUCGAGCCAAAUAUGAAAACAAAGCUCCAUCCCAAAGACUUUGAUAUUUCUGUUCCUCGUCGUGACGUUUACAGAAAAUGUUUUUUUUUUUUUUGAUCCAAGUUAAAUCAUGAAGUCAAUUGUCUGAGCUGUUCUUCCACUGUAGAAUCGACUCAAUCUAUGAAGUCAUGCCAUUCAGAUGGAUGGAUGUUUGUGACUGAUAUAUUUUGUAGAGAUGAUUAAAUAACCUGAGGUAUGCAAA